AUGUUCGGAGUCCAUCAAAAAUUAUACUUACAAUCUCAGGACGCGAGAUAUCUCCAUAAACAAGUUCAAAAUGCUUCAAAAGCAAAGCUAGACCUCCAUCUCCCCAAAACUGCAGCAAAUCCAAAAUCUAAAUAUAAGAGAAGACGUUCGAGUCGACGUCGAUCCGCCAUCCAUUCUGAUAAUGAAGUGCAAGAAGAAGACAAGGAAGAAGAUGUAGUACGAUUGAAAGUACGCAAACUUGUUGAGAAAUACAUUGAUGAGGCCUUUGAACUAACCAAGUACUCGGUGGUAAUUGAUGACAAAGAACUCGGAGUCAAGGAAUCAUUAAAUAAGAAAUUAUUCAGAUCAGAACUUACCAAGAAUAAUGGCAAGAGUGUGCCAGCCAGUGAUGUAGAAAUAGAAGUUGAGCCUUUUGAUUUUGGUGUCAAUGAAAAAUUGAGGGAGAGAUACUAUGAAGCUGAAGCAUUGACGACAGCAAUUACCAAGAAAAGAUCUACUAUUCCCUUGAGGUUCAAAAAAUCGGUGAAUCGUUUGGCCAAUAGGAAUAUUCAACAGUUUGAGAAGUUCAAUGAGUAUAUAAUGAAAAACCAUGAAAAUGGUGAGGCUCAAGCCGUGAUGAAUGAAACUGAACAGGGUGCUUAUGCUGAUAAUGAUAAUAAAAAUAAAAAUAAUAAUCACGAUAAUAAAGACAGUUUGUUGAACAACGAAGAAAAAGUUACAUUAGUAGCCAACAAAAAGGAUCAUGAAAAUAUUGUGAAAGAAUUUGAGGAAUCGUUGGUAAUUUUGAGUGAAUUGAAACUGGCUUUGCCGCAGCGGAGAAAUGAAAUUGGAAAGUUAAAAAAAUUGAUGGAAUAUAUUGAGGGGCAUAAAGUUGAGGCCAAGAUAUGA